AUGGGGAAAGAAGAAGGUGGAGUGGAGCCCGCCGCAAAGUUCGCCGCCGUCUGGGACGCGGGCGUCGUCGCUGACCGAAGGAGGCCCCCCCUAGGAGGAUUAGGGGCGGCCAUAGGCCGCCGCGGGAGCAAGCUUUCUGUCAAAGUCAUCAAAGGGCGUUGAUAACGGGUGCCUGCCCGUGGUUUUCCGAAGAUGAUGCGAUGGAUCGGGUCUCAUGCGGGUCCCUACUCUCUCUGAAGAGCUCUUUCCGUAGUUCUCUAAUGGAAAAACUCUCCCUAAGAAGGAUUAUAUGGUGGGCUUCCAGGAGGUAACAUCCUGGAACCUUGUCGAUUUUGCCGGCACUUGAACGUCGUCAAAUGUGUAGUGAGAGUUCUCUCUCUUUAAAUAAGAGAACUAGGGUUUGAACACCCAGCCACCAAGAGCCCACCUGCUACACCUCCACCGCAGAGCUGUGGAAAGACUAAAGUUGGAUGAGGCCAAUUACUCCGCUCAAAACAUGCUUAAGCACGCAACCUGGUCGGAGUAGUCCAUUACUUGUUUUUAAUAUAGUUCAAUCUAGUCUUGAUUGGACCCUAGAGCCGACACUGUUGUAUAGCUUUGUGGCGAUCUACAGUUGGACCAAGAAAAUGAUCCGACUAAAAGCAGCCCUGGGGAAAACUGACUGUAAGGUGCGGAUUCUUGGUCCUAAUCUAGUUCCACCAUAUGAAAAAUGGAUUCAUCUUGGGGGAAUUGGGUUGUGAUGGCCGACUCGAAGUUUGAAUUUUGCCUUGCUCGUUCUGACACCAACCUAUAUAUACCCGAUGAAUACAUCAACCAUAUGAUGCCGUCGUGAUCAGAAAUACUAUUGGAGGCGUCAACCUUAGUCCCCUGAACUCAUGGGGACUUACGCGUGUGAAAAACAGUGAGUACCAGGCAAGCAUUUCCGUGAGAAGCUUUAUCCUCAGACCUCAACCAAUCAUCUGGGCAUGCUAACAUGGUGUCUUUCGGAAGCCUGUAUCAAGAAAAAUGAAGAGUUGGAGAAUAUCCGAGGACUUGCUUGGGGUAGGAACGGUGAAUGUCAAAAGUUCAACAUUUGACCUCAAGAUCACGAGAUCAUACUUAUCCGUUGACCGAGGUUAACCUAAUCUGUGAAACAAUAUGAUAAAGAAGACUCGUGCACCCACGUGCAACGAGACUUGUUAUCAAAAUAAACCGAAGAAAUGCAUAGCAAUCCAUCAAGCUUAGUCGUCAUUCUCCAUGAAGGAUUUAGAAAAAGCUUACAGGGUCUUCAAUUGGUCUAAUUGUCUCCUCUCCUCGUCCUGGUCUACGCUGUAAUUGAAAAUGUACUGAAUAACACUAACACGGAGGUCCCGUCUCCCACAGGCAAGAAACACUCGAUGAGGCACGCACGACCGUGGAGAGCUCAUAAGCCAACCCGUGCCGAAAGCGAAGGAACACAAGCGAAUUCGGACCAGUCGUCUCCGACAUCAGGCUGGAAAGGAGACCAAGCAAAUGACCACGGGACGAAUCAUCUAAUUGAAGCACUUGCCUCAGAUGCGACCAAGUGUGGUCUCUACACAUGGCAUCCCUGUCAUGUCCCCUCUGCAGCCGCGUUUGCUAACCAGCUCAACUCACGCUGUCCGGAGUAGAACGCGUGGAAAACGUGCAGGAUUGCAGCCAAACCCUUUUGAAUUUUGUCUUCAGUAAAAAGGUGUUUCAUUGAAGAGGUUGUGAGAGGCCAUGUCAGGGCUGGCCUUGCCCCUGGCCCAGUGUUCGUGAGAAAGGUUGGUAGUUAUUAGAGAAUUGCAGUGGAAUUUCUACAAGCCGGAGAGGAUUGGGGGAGGAGACGAGCUAAUUCUUGACUGUUCAAUAGUUCUCCCUCGUCCAAUGUCUGGAAGGCUGCAUGCGUGCCAUUUUUUGUCCCAAUGCAAUAAAUCACCUACAAAGUCCUCGCAAUAUCUUUGGUUUCUCAGCAGAUCCCCAUGAAUGUAUUUUGCUCGAGAGGUUUUGCUACAUACCGACAAUGUGAACCUUAUUAUGAUAAAAACCUCUGACGUGUCAUCUAGAAACGAGAUGAGGUCAUCUCCUCUUCCUCAUCGAUGUCUUAGUGAGUGA